GUGUCCAAUCCUUAAAACCAAAUGAUUUUUGAGAAUUGGGUGAGCUCAAAAUUAUUUAAAAAGUUUCGGUGCAUGCUGUGUAGCAAAUUGAGGUUGAUGGACGGCUUUGAACCCAAUUCGUAAGUUCAGUGGGCGCUGAGCUGACCGGUGACUAACCAUGAAAAAAUGUAAUUCUGCCGAAAAGGAAAUUGCUUUUUCCUAGAAAUAUUUAGCGAUAGAAGACCCGAGCGAACGGAGAACUCUCGCUUUUCUAUAUAACAACGAAUUGAAAAGGGCACUUCGCUGUGCUUGAAGAACAGGAUUGGGCUCUGUGGUUCAAAUUGCUGAGGAAUGUCAGGGUUGCAUCGAUCCUCCAGUGCUCCGUUGAAGAAUGGCAAUCCUCCUCAAGAACUCCUAGAUGAUCUCUGCAGCCGCUUUGUCCUAAAUGUGCCAAAAGAAGACCAACAAUCAUUUGAGAGGAUUUUAUUUCUUGUGGAGUAUGCUCAUUGGUUCUAUGAAGACAACUCAGUGGAAAAAAAUCCGUCAUUGAAAUCAUUCAAUCUGAAGGAAUUUACUUCUUUACUUUUUAACAGCUGUGAUGUCUUAAGACCUUAUGUUCCUCACAUAGAUGACAUAUUUAAGGACUUCACUUCCUACAAGGUUCGAGUUCCUGUAACUGGAGCUAUCAUUUUGGACGAAUCCUACGAACGGUGCUUACUAGUAAAAGGUUGGAAGGGCACAAGCUGGAGCUUUCCUCGUGGGAAAAAGAACAAAGAUGAGGAAGACCAUAUGUGUGCAAUUAGAGAGGUCUUGGAGGAAACAGGCUUUGAUGUUGCAAGACUUCUUAACAAAGAUGAGUAUAUUGAAGUGAUUUUUGGACAGCAGAGGGUGCGACUCUACAUAAUUGCUGGUGUGAAAGAUGAUACUGCAUUUGCUCCACUUACUAAAAAGGAAAUCAGUGAAAUCGCGUGGCAGAGACUUGAUGACCUUCUUCCUGCAAGUGAUGAUGUGAUAUCUCGCAGUGUCACAGGCCUCAAGCUUUACAUGGUUGCUCCCUUCUUGACAUCUUUGAAAGCAUGGAUAUCAGCACAGCGGCUUCCUACAGCUCUAAGACCUGAUAUGCCUUUGAAAGGAAUGAGCGUUUGGAAGGCAAAAAGCAGUUCCACAGGAAGCAGCACACAGAUAGCGGAGAGCCAAUCAACAAAGUCUGCAUCUGAUGCUCAGACUUCUGAUGUUGGUCCUGGCAAGAGCUUCAGAAACUUUAGGUUUGAUAUUGCUCCAGUCCUACAGGUAAUGGAAACUACUUUUUCCGCGUAGAUGCUGAACCAGACCCGGCUGUAAAUUGGAUGGUGUUGACAUAACUUGAUUAGUUUUGACCUUGCCUCAACACUGCUAGGCGGCAUCAGUGAUCAUUCAUGCCAACUUGGUAGCUCUGCCAUCGCAGUUGUGUAAGAAUUCUAGACUUGGAAUACUUUGUAAAUUCUGUACAGAGACUGAUUUCUGGCAAAAGACAUUAUUGUUUGUCCUCAGUUGAAAAUGCUAUGAAUGACCAUGGAUUUAACAAA